GAAGCAUCUGCAGAAGCAGAAGGCAAAGAGUAACAACAAUUUUGUUGAAAAUACAUUGCUCUCUUCAGGAUGGACUUUUGUCCUGCUGAGUCAACUGACUUGAGUGAGGCUGAAGAGGCUGAAAUACAGACAGUCAGGCAGCACAGACAGAAGCUUUUGGAAGACAUUAAGAAGCUGAAGAAAGAGAUUGCUGAGGUGUUUGCAGAGAUUGAGUGCUUCCAAAAUGCAGAGGAGAGGCAAGAGGCAGACAGUAAUCCUGGGGAGCAGACCAGCAAACUAUCACAGAGGGAUAAACUUCUGUCCCUGGGUCGGAAGAAAUUCAACAUGGACCCUGCAAAGGGGAUCCAGUACCUGAUUGAGCAUGAGGUAUUGUCCUCAGACCUGCAGGAGAUCGCCAAAUUCCUCCACAAGGGUGAAGGCCUGAACAAGACAGCCAUUGGGGAUUACCUGGGUGGGAGGGAUGCCACAAACAUUCAGAUCCUCCAAGCCUUUGUGGAAUGUCACCAGUUUGCCAACCUCAACCUGGUGCAGGCACUGAGACAGUUCCUGUGGAGCUUCCGGCUGCCUGGGGAAGCACAGAAGAUUGACCGGAUGAUGGAGGCCUUUGCCAACUGGUACUGCAAGUGUAACCCAGGAGUAUUCCAGUCCACAGAUACCUGCUAUAUACUCUCCUUCUCUAUCAUCAUGCUUAACACCAGCCUGCACAACCCCAAUGUGAAAGACAAGCCCCCCUUUGAAAGGUUUGUGUCCAUCAACAGAGGCAUCGACAAUGGAGGGGACCUGCCAGAAGAGCUCUUAAAGAAUCUGUUUGAGAGCAUCAAGAACGAGCCAUUCUCCAUACCAGAGGAUGAUGGGAACGACCUCACACAUACUUUCUUCAACCCUAACCGGGAGGGCUGGCUCCUAAAACUAGGAGGACGUGUGAAAACCUGGAAACGCCGCUGGUUCAUUCUGACCGAUAACUGCCUGUACUACUUUGAAUAUACCACGGACAAAGAGCCUCUGGGCAUUAUCCCCCUAGAGAACCUCUCAGUCCGGAAGGUGGAUGAUCCCAAAAAGCCAAACUGCUUUGAGCUCUUCAAUCCCAACUGCAAAGGGCAGAAGAUCAAAGCCUGCAAAACAGAUGGGGAUGGGAAGGUGGUUGAAGGCAAGCAUCAGUCCUACAAGAUCUCAGCAGCCACACCAGCAGAACGUGACGAGUGGAUUGAGGCAAUACGGACCAGCAUCACACAGGAUCCUUUCUAUGAUCUGGUCUCUGCCCGUAAGAAAAAGAUUGCCAGCAAAAACUGAUCCCUGACCUGGUCACCAGCAGCAGGAAGAUGUAGCUGUUGGACAGCUUCUCUCCCAUGCCGGGCUCUUCCAGUGAAGAAAUUUGGGAGCAUUGCGUCCCUCUGCCUCUCACUUGGCAGGAAGAUGACUAACAGGACAACUUGCCAGAUUUGCUUCUUUCCUUUCCAAACUGAAGGCAGAGGCACAGGGUGCAAUCCACUGAGGACUGUCAGAACCGUGGACGUAGCAUUUUCCAUGUCCAAAUGUGGAGGCUCAACAGCAGCUAGCCUUUAGGUUCUCCCAGAUAGCCCUAGGCA